UGGCUGUCAGUGCGUCAACACGCGGAUCACCCAACUCAGCUGUACUUUCCGUGUUCAAAAUCCUUGUCCAUCGAUUUCUAGGACAUCACGCAUCCUCGCUCAUUACCACCGACCAACUGCCACCUCCUGAGUCCUCGACGCCACGGGCGUCGAGAUACAAGACAUGAAGCGUUCUCAUAGCCAAAUGGACAGCCCUCCUCGCAGCUCGUGGUACGCCAUCUUCUCCCGUUCCCAGUGCAAGGCCAGCAAUGUGCCAAACGCCAACGACAUAUUGAUCGCGGAAAAAAAACACAGCCGCGGCCCUGGUCUGAUCGACUUCGAUAAUGCUGUUGUGUUCCUAGUAACACACGAAGCCCUGCCCAACGAUCCACUUACCGUGAGGGUUAUUCGCUGCUCUAUACUUCCUGCUCAUAAGUUAUCUACCAUCGUGCAGGGGACUCUUCCCUUCAUGUCUGCAGAGCUGCUGAAAGAGUCUCCAUAUUACGCAGACGAAGACGCACCUGAACCCCCGGUGCAUAGCUUCAAACAUGAUUUGGAGAGUUUCCUCUGGGUCCUCGUGUGGGUAUGCCUUACGCGGGAAGGCCCGGGUGAACGUCGACACGACCUGAUGUCGGUGGAACAAACUCAACCACUCCUUCGGCAAAACCCAUCUCAUCCACGUUGCUCCCCGACGGACCCUGGUGAACGCCGAGCUCCUCAACUAUAUAUCCGUCAUUUUCGCCCCGCUGAAAGAUCUCAUCUUUGAGUUCCUUUCUCUCAUCAGCACUGCCUACGAGGAGAAUCGUACAGACGCUCACGCUGUUUACGAUGACGUU